UCCAGCGGGCUCCAGUGCCGCCUCGGCAGCCACCGCGGCAGCACCUCCCUGCAUCCGUCCGCUGCUCACCCGCUGGAGCCGCCGCAGCGUUCACGUCUUCCCAGCACCGUCCGUAGGGUCGCCAACACCAGAAGAAAUUCGUCGGGAGGUCUCCGUGUCAGCAUGCCUUGUGGGAUGUCGUGCACCGCUAGGCGCCGCAAGCUAAUAACUGACGCCCACUCACAGACAUAAUCGCUGCUAAUCCAGUACGCCAAUUCACAGUCAAACGGAGUACUGGAAAGGAGUCAAUAUCCAUCUUCUGUGCUAGUGAAAUAACCGAUUAGCUCAAUUUCUUAAGAGUGUUAACUGAUGAACUGUAGAUACUCGGACACAGUCUCCUCAUCUUCCUAUGCACUCUUGUGAUCUUUUAGCACACCUCGAUCAAACAGACAAACGAACUCUAUAGUACUCCCAGAUCUAAAAAAUGCGUGUGAAUUUAUCGCUGUUAAUUUAGAAGUCACGAAUUGACCAAAGGACAUAUUAACCGUCGAACGGGAGUUUUCUACGACUGCUAUGAUGAUAUGCUCUUAGCGGAGAUUCAAAACCGAGGUCUGCUGUUUGACUGGGAAUGACUGAAAUCAGGAAGAUUGCUAUCAAGUGAUGGCACACCAGUAACGCCUGCUCCAGCCAGCAGUAAGAUGGACGGAUUGCUGUACCUAAACUCGCUGCCGAUCUUCGACUCGAAUAAUAAUACGCCCGAGGUUACCGAAGAUGGCUGCGCUGCGGCGGCGAACGGCAGCUCCAAGGAAAACACUGAGCGAGAAGCGGAGGCGGCGCCCGCCGCGGAGUCGGGAGCGAGCAAGUACUCUCUGAGGCCGCGGACGCAGAGGCGGCAGCGCUCGCAGGAGGAUUCGACGGAGGACGAGGACGGCGGCAAGUGCUCGGGGGAGGCGUCGCCGGCGGCCGAGGGCGGGGGCGGCGCGCGGCGGCGGACCGGAGGCGGCGGCGGCCGGAGGGCCCGGCGCCGCCAGCCGCAGCCGCUCAGCAGGUACCGCCGCAGGACGGCCAACGCCCGGGAGCGCGAGCGCAUGCGCGAGAUCAACGCCGCCUUCGAGUCCGACGACGACGACGCGUCCGAGGAGCAGCAGCGCGCCGGCGAGAAGGUCACCAAGGUGGCCACGCUGCGGCUCGCCAUCCGCUACAUCACCGAGCUCACGCGCGCGCUCGAGACCGUGUCGUACUCGCCGCCGUCGCCCGCGCUGCUGCCGGCGCCGUGCGGCCAGCAGCAGGAGGUCUUCUCCGUGCCCUACUCCGCGCUGCAGACCCAGCAGCUGCCGCCGCAGCUGCCGCCGCAGCAGCAGCAGCAGACUGUCGGGGAGGCGGCGGCGCUGCAGCUGGGGGUGUCGGCCGCGGUGUCGCUGCCCCCGGUGUCGACGCUGAUCCUGCCGCAGGGCGCGCCCUGCGGCGGCUUCUUCUCCGGCGACGCGGCGGCGGGCUGCGAGCAGCUGCUGACGCCGCCGCCGUCGCUGACGCCGUCGUCGUCGCUGGGGGCGGACUGCGUGGCCCCCGCGCUCGACGACGCGUGGCCGCCCCCGGACCUCUGCCUGACGCCGCCACCGCUGCUGGAUGACGCGUUCCUGGCGCCCCGGUGACAACGGCUGCACACACUUGGGCCGUGAUGCGAGUAACUGCGCCACGAGAACCAGUUCGUCCCGCAGCAGCGACCGCGGCUUGCGGGUGACGUCACAGUCAGCAGGGGAGCCAGUGACGUCACCAGAGUGCUGCGGUCCGCGUGCUUUGCCUGAAGAUGGCACUGCGUUCGCCGUAUCUACUGCGUGUGCUGAAUAGCUACACAGACAUUGCUCAGUACAAAGUGAUGUUUCCUGCGAUUGAGCGUUUUGAGAUUAUUUAAGAUUCUUCUGCACUCAUUCCCAAUAGAAACAAUAAACUUUAAGCUUAUGAAAAGUACUCUAUUCUUAUACUGUUUUGUAGCUCAUAAGACUGUGUGAGGUUAAAGUGUUGAAGUAAAGCUGACUAAGUUAUUUUGCAUGGAUUUAACUACUGAAAAAAGUACAAUACAUGUUUCACAUGCGACUUACAUAGUAUGUAGUAAUCCAUUCCUUUUUCUCAGAUAACAGUUACAAGAAUAAAAUGACAAUGGUGUUCCAUACUAUGUUA